CAAUUACGGCUGUAGGUAUAAAUUGUUACUAAAAAUGGAAAGAGUGCAAAUAACUUGGGACGCCCAGAAAAGAAAUAAGUGCAAUUAGUGAGGGACGGAGGGAGUAUUUCGUAAAAUUUGUAUCACUACGAAAUAAACUCUUAAUAGGGGAUAAAUUAAAAAGAAAAGAAUGUACUAUGUGACUAUAUAUAUUCACACAGGAUACAGAGAUUAUUGUAAAUUAUAAAUGUUGACAUAAAAUGACUAUUUUGAUCUAAACCGAUUUUAUAUAAAAUUGUCCGUAACGUACUCAUAAACAAUUUGCGUAAGGAUGUCUAGAUUUAGUGAGAUGGAUCAACCAAAAUGAUGAAGAGAAUAGUAUAAAAAUCCAGAAAGAUAAAUGUUGGGACUAUAAUCAAAUUAAAUGAUGGCAUUCAUUAAAUGUGAGCGAUGUGACAAAUUUUGAUUUAAGAUUUGGCUCCCUCCCACUUUCCAAUGCAUAGUGUGAACAGCCUUUACGGCACAAUCUACGAAAAUCAAACCCCAUCCAAUUUGUUAAUCACACACACAGUUUAAUUUGCUCUAUAGUUUAAUUGAAAAACGCCAUUCGUGAUGGCGUCUUCAUAUAAAUACGCCAUUUCAUCCAGCGUUUCUAAUUUACUUAACACGCCAAUCCUGUCGGCGUUUUUUUUCUUGUAACACGCCAACCAUGUUGGCGUUUUUUAACUUACCUGUAUUUCCAUAAAAUACGCCGACAUACGGUUCAACUGGUAAAACGCCAAUGCGGGUGGCGUCUUCACUAAUAAAAAACGCCAAUGUGGGUGGCGUUUUUCCCAUAUAUGGAAGAGAUAACAAAAUGGGUACAUUUACGUAAUUUUAAAGGCCAACUGCCCUACAAACCCGAUUUCCUCUCCAAAGUUUUCAGCGGGCUAGUAGUUUUCCUAGUGGCCUUCUACGUCGAUCGAGUAGUGCAUCGUAGGAGAUGUGUGCCACGUGCCAUUCCUAGGAUAAAGGACUGGACGGCCGAACUGUUGAAGGAGAGAGAGGAAGAGGAAAUGAAAGAAGAUGAUUUUGGUCUUGGACGAGUGACUUCACAAUUAGAUGAGAAUGAACUGGGUGGUGCGGAAAUGACAACAGAAGUGGUACAUCCACCGGCUACUGAAGAUGUUAUUGAAGAGAUAUAUGCUUCGGAUGAAUUGGUGUAUAUGAGGGGUGUUUGGGGGGCAACCAAACACAUAGGUGACGAUUUCAAGAUGCUGGCAAAGGAAUUGAACCAAGCUUCUCCAGAAAUCAGCAAUAAGGACAACUUUAGAAUAACGUGACACUCUCAGGAUGGCGUUUAGAUUGGACGAAAAAGACUUUGACCCUGUGGAGUCAAUGAUGCAGUCGCAGUCUGCCCACUAUAGUGCAGUGGAAGACUGGUCAGAGUCCUUGAAAUCUUUGUUGGACGCGGCUGAUGAAAUGGAUAUACUAGAAAACAAAGACGAAUACCCAAGCUUCAGCCUUGGGUUUGAUUCCAGCCAGGAUGAUGACGCUUGUCACCAUGAUUCAGAGCGUCAACAAGAGACAGACAAUACAGCCAAUGUUGAAGAGGGUGAUGUGUCGGAGUACGAGCUAAGGGAGCCAGCCGAUCUUUUUUUAGUGGGGAUGAAGUUGUAUCCCAGGACGAGGACAGAGAGAACGCUGCUGAUUUGGGAGGUGAGGGUCUGGAUUUUAUUACUGGUAGUGCCAUUGGAAAAGAGGUGGGAGUCAAAGAGCCUGUGGCUAUUGCACAAGUAGGAACGGUUGUGAAUGAGGAGAAUGCACUCGACGUGGCUAGUGCUAUUGCGCGUGAUGUUGUGUCGGAGCACGACGCAGUAUACGUAGCUGUUUGCUCUGCCGUGGAAGCAGUCAUUGAACUAGGUGAUGCUGCUUUCGAAACACAAACAGUUACGGGGGGCGUUGAUGCGGGUAAAUUACCUGUACGUCAAGAUGUAGAGAUGAAUCGUGAAGAGAGCACGUAUGCUGAAAUACAACCUGCUCCAGCAAGGAAACUCAAACUGCCUAUAGGGAGAAGAGAGGAUUCAACAUCAACGCAUAUCAGCCGAACAUGGACUAGAGAAGAGAGGGAUUGUUACCAAUUCCUUCUUGCAACGCCCUACAUGUGGACGGAUCAUGUUAUUUACUCCAAUGAUGUGGUGGAAGUUACUAAACUGAAAUUCAGCUCGUUGAAGCCACAUGAGGCUGUUGACGCUGAAGUUAUCGAUGUUUGGGCUUCUCAUCUGAAUGGCAUGGAGGUGUAUAAAUCAACACAGAAGCCCAACAGAUUAUUUGUCACAACGGUUGCGACAUCAGACAAUGUUGUUGAACGGAGAGCUAGUUGGGAAAAAUCUGAAGCUGCGUCAACAUUCUGUGAUGAGAUAGAUGGUCAAUUCAACGGCACUGGAACUUUUGACAUCACACAACAUGAUUUGACUGGGGUUGCGGAUGUGCUAGACCAUGUGGUGCUCGAGAACGGUAUUCCAGAUCGGGCCAAAUAUGAAAGAGACUUGGAUUUACUAAGGGAUUAUCUAGGUUUUUGUCUCAUGUCAAAGGGAUUCGACGAACUGUCUUAUUUCAUAAUCACGGAGCGUAGUACGCGCUUGCUGGACUUGCCAUGGAAGACAACCCAGGCCACUAAUGACUCGGGGGUAUUCCUGAUGAGACACAUGGAGACUUACAUGGGGAGAUAUUGCAAGGCCAUGCUCCUUGCAUCGUUCAACGAUUGCAGAGAAAGGUUCUCGUCGUACAUUAGUCAUUACAUCAACGUGACUCCUAACUUUAGAACACAUUAUGCGAGGCAAGUGAAUGGAAUGUUGAACAUGGCGCCCCGUAACGAGCAACACAAUCAGCCGACAAGGAAUAAAAGCAAGUUGAAUUGAGUAGAUUUGGAAUUGACUAGUUGUUUUUUAAAUGUUAAUGGUAGCUGUUUGGAUAUUGGUAUUUACUUUUAGAUGCUAAUGGUAGUUUUGGGAUAUUGGUAUUUGCUUUU